UAGACGAGUUUUUAUACUUGGACCUUCUCAUCAUUUUCAUUUGGGCCAAAAUUGUGCGCUAACUUGCGCUGAAAUUUAUCAAACACCUUUUUAUAAUCUCCAUAUUGAUGAAGCAACUUUACAUGAGCUUCGCCAUACUGGUGAAUUCUGCGAACUCUCGUUAAAACGGGAUGAAGAUGAACAUUCUUUAGAAAUGCAGUUACCUUAUUUGGCGAAAGUUAUGGAACAGUAUGUGCUUUUUCCCAUUUCUAUUUUUUCUCGCACCAAAAGUACACUUUAUAUGUCUCUAUAUUCUAUUCUGUGCGCUAUUUUAUUGCUGCGUUACAUCUGCUGGGUUGGAAUGUUCCAAUUAAUGUUAUAUAAUUUAUGUCAAUCUGUUUGCUAG